GGCGCCUACAUUACCCACAAUGCCUGUUGGAGUUGGAGAGUCAAGUUGGCUUAGGUAGCAGCGGCUAAUGCAGCCUCAAGAAAAUAUAAAGAAGAAGGCAAAUAAAAAACAAAGAUGGUAAAGAGAUGGUUACAACUGUGUGCCCAUCCUCUCUCUCGGUCUGAUUAGAGGGAGUGGUUCAAUAAUGCGCCAACCUCCGCCGGCAACCAAAGAGUUAAUCCGUCGAGCCUGUUGUUGAACGCACCAUCCAACCGGGCUGUGUCGCUAAGGGAAGAUAGACUACUUGUGGAGAAGCAACAGAUCCCCAGCUGCAAAACAACCCCACAUCUGGCACGCGAAGCGUUUUUUUGAGCAGGAAGAAGGACUGGAGGAAUAUCUCAGUGACACAGGAUCGAUCCCAGGCUUCAUCGUCUUGUGUGGAGGAGAGAAAAGUUGUCAGGAAUAGUUGUAGAUUUUGGCGUUGCAACAUUUGGAUGAGCUUUGUGAGAAAGGCUGUGAGGAGUGACACAUUACUUCAGGUUAAGUGGUUCAUCUAAUAGCUCCGUACUAUCGUGCGUAAUAAGCCAAUAUCAUCUUUUUUUUUAAAUUGCCAACAAUCUCCAUGCAACAUCUGGCAGCAGGAAUUUAAGUCACAUUGUGUAAUCUAUUCGACGAAAACAUUGAAACACACGCACACAGUGAGUCUGACCACCUGCGUUUUGUUGCGGAAUCAGACUGAGUUUAGUAACAGGUGGUUUGUAUUGAGCGUCUCACUUUGGCGCUGUCUGGACCAUUAGGCUGUUUUAUUUCUGGAUAAAUGAGGCGCACGGGUCAUUAUAAGGACUGGGGUCUGAAAUGAGGGCGCACUUUGCGUUAAUUUUCUGAUUUUUUUUUUUUUUUUUUUUUUUUGGUACCAGUGGAUAUCAUUUUGUAACGGAGGAGGCGAGCAGCCAGAAGGUCCCUGCUUCUCAAUGAUAAGCUCUGUGUGUGUUUCGUCGUACCGAGGGCGCAAAUCGGGCAACAAACCUCCGUCUAAAUCAUGUUUGAAGGAGGAAAUGGCCAGAGGGGAAGACUCUGACAAAAUUAUCAUAAACGUGGGUGGCACUCGACAUGAAACCUACAAGAGCACCCUCAGGACCCUGCCGGGGACCCGCCUGGCAUGGCUGGCAGACCCGGACACGCAGGUCAGCUCUGACUCGGAUGCUGCGCCCCCGAGCACCACCGAGUUUUUCUUCGACAGACACCCAGGCAUCUUCGCCUAUGUACUAAACUACUACCGAACCGGCAAGCUGCACUGCCCGGCCGACGUGUGCGGCCCGCUCUUCGAGGAAGAGCUUGCAUUUUGGGGGAUUGACGAGACCGACGUGGAGCCGUGCUGCUGGAUGACCUACCGGCAGCACCGGGACGCGGAGGAGGCCCUGGAUAUAUUUGAACCGCCGGACCCAGACGACACCGAUGACGACAGGGAGAUACCGAGGCGGUUCGGCAUCGAGGACUGUCCGGACAGGUCGAGGGGUUGCUGCGAAGUUUGGCAGCCGAAAAUCUGGGCCUUAUUUGACGACCCAUACUCAUCCAGAGCAGCUAGGGGAGUUGCAUUUGCCUCUCUCUUUUUCAUCUUGGUGUCCAUCACCACGUUCUGCCUGGAGACCCAUGAAGCCUUCAAUGAACUGCAGAACCGGACGGCCCAGGUUGUCGUGAACAACGUCACAAUGAUAGUGUCGAGGAAGGAGAUGGUGACCAAGCCCAUCCUCAUCAUGGUGGAAGGCGUCUGUGUGGUCUGGUUCACAUUUGAAUUCCUGGUGCGUAUCGUCUGCUGCCCAGACAAAGUGGUCUUCAUCAAGAACACGCUCAACAUCAUUGACUUUGUGGCCAUUCUGCCAUUCUACCUGGAGAUGGGCCUGAGCGGUCUGUCAUCUAAAGCUGCCAGCGAUGUACUGGGCUUCCUCCGUGUGGUGAGGUUUGUUCGGAUCCUCCGGAUCUUCAAGCUGACACGACACUUCGUAGGCCUACGCGUGUUGGGCCACACGCUGAGGGCCAGUGUCAAUGAAUUCCUCCUUCUCAUCAUCUUCUUGGCACUGGGUGUACUCAUCUUUGCCACCAUGAUAUACUACGCUGAGCGCAUCGGAGCCAAACCUGACGACCCCACAGGUGCCAAUCAUACACACUUCAAGAACAUCCCCAUCAGCUUCUGGUGGGCAGUGGUCACCAUGACGACGCUGGGCUAUGGCGACAUGUAUCCACAGACGUGGCUGGGCAUGAUGGUAGGGGCGCUGUGCGCGUUGGCCGGGGUGUUGACCAUCGCCAUGCCGGUCCCUGUCAUCGUCAAUAACUUUGGGAUGUACUACUCGCUGGCUAUGGCCAAACAGAAGCUGCCGAAAAAGAAGAAGAAGCACAACCCGAACCCAGAUGCCCCGACUGACUCUGCCUCGUUUGGGAAGUCAGAAACAAACUCACACAGAGACAGCACUCAGAGCGAUACGUGUCCUCUGGCUGCUGAGGAGAGCAUCAGCAGGAACCGCUCAGACUCCAAACAGAAUGGGGAUGCAAAUGUGGCCCUUUCAGAGGAGGAAGGCUGCAGCCUGACCCAGCCGCUGUCCCCCAGUGAAAAGUGGUCCCUGCGGUGCUCCCGAGGGCGAGACAAGACGAAGAAAGAGGCCACCUGCUUCCUUCUAACCUCUGGAGACCCCAAUGUCCGUACUGAGAGCUGUAAAGACAUCCUCGCUGCCACUGGAAACUACGCUCAGCCAGAGGUCACCACUCUGACCUGAUUGUGGAUCGGCUAUGAAAAGAAGACAGAGCAUGGAUCUGCGGUGGCGUGCAUGCUGUGCAGAGCCUCAGCUCUGGUCCCUGCUUUCUUUUCCUUCAUCAAUGAACUGCAGACCGGAUUCUUGUCAUUCAAAACAAGAUGUCUUUGGUUUGUUUUUGUCACACAUCCAAAACCCCGUGGUACAAAAUCAGUUGCAUAGUAGCUUUAUCAUAUUUACACUCAUUUACAUGUUCCAAAGCAUUUUGCAUGUAUUGCAUGAUCUAGCAUUGUAUGAUGUACUGGCUACCAUUUAUAUGCUUAUCAUUUAGUGGACAUGUCAUAGUUUGUCUUAAAGGCCCUUAAAACAUAUUUUCUGAAUUAGCUUCUUGUUAUAAUGAUACAUGAACAUUUUUAACAUUGAAACAGUUUGUUUCAUGUUACAGAUUUUCCUUUUUUCUGAUUUGAAGCAGGCACAGCUCUGUUGGGAAAAGGUAAUGUCACGUUUCUGUGCUCCAAACAGGAUUCAGCAACAUUUGAACCAGAAUCCGAUGAAAGCUGGUGGGUUGUUUUUGUCUCAAUUCAACUCUCAAUAGAUAAUAACUAUCUUAUUAGUUAUUUUGUCAACGUUGACUGUUGCUUAUUUCGCCAAGAAUAUUUAAUGUUAUAGAGGAAGAUUUAAGAUUUAAUAUAUCGUUUUUAGGGACUUUAACCUGAAUUGAGUCUGUUUUAACUAUAAGGAAACAGCUUUGCUUUGCAUUUGUCAGCGUGUUAUUUUCUUUUGGAGUAAUAUGUAAAAAAAAAAACUAAAACUAAAAAUGUCAGUUUGAGCUCUUUUUUUAAAUUAUUUUUUUGAACUAAAAAAACACCACUGACAUUUGUGUCAAUGUCUUAUAUACAUAAAUGUUGUUAACUGUUCAUUGUUAACGCAAACACUUGUGAAUAUGAGUUUGUACAGCAAAACUGUUGAA